AUAGGAUUAGUGAAUAAGCGCAGGUCUGAAGGCUGUAAAGCUUCCGUCCUUUGAGACUUCCUUCUUUAGGUUAUUAGUCUCAUUGAAGAGCUUCUCCAAAUAGUGGGAGCAGAAACAGAAGAAAAGGCUGGAUUUAUUUUAUUUUGCCUGGCAUUUGAGAUAUAUUGGGGUAAAGGCAAGUUCUAGGUCAUAGUCUCUGUUGAAAAUGUCUCUCCAGUUGUCUCCACAGGCACCCUGGAGGAACAACAACAUCAGUUUUCUGAGCAGAGAGGCUGCUGUCACGGAACAAGGAGAGACUAUUAUAGGCUUCUACCUACUGGCUUUAGGUUGGCUGUCUUGGUUUGGAAAUAGCAUUGUGAUUUUUGUCCUGUAUAAACAAAGACAUCUUCUGCAGCCCACUGACUACCUCACAUUUAACUUGGCAAUAUCAGAUGCUGGCAUCUCUGUGUUUGGUUAUUCACGGGGGAUCAUUGAAAUCUUCAAUGUUUUCAGAGAUGAUGGAUUCAUUAUCACAUCAAUAUGGACUUGCCAGGUUGAUGGCUUCCUGACACUUCUCUUUGGCCUGGCUAGCAUUAAUACCCUUACAGUGAUCAGUGUCACUCGCUACAUAAAAGGCUGCCAUCCUGAGAGAGGUCACUGUAUCAGCAACAGCAGUAUGACGGUGGCUCUGGUUCUCAUCUGGAUAGCAGCUUUCUUCUGGUCAGCAGCUCCAUUGCUUGGCUGGGGCAGUUAUACAGAUCGCAUGUACGGAACAUGUGAAAUAGACUGGGCAAAAGCCAACUUCUCUACAAUCUACAAGUCCUACAUUGUCUCCAUUUUUAUCUGCUGCUUCUUCCUACCUGUGACAGUCAUGGUCUUCUCAUAUGUGUCGAUUAUCAACACUGUCAAACUAAGCCAUGCAUUAACAGGACUCAGUGAUCCCACAGACAGACAGAGGAGAACAGAGCGGGAUGUCACCAGGGUUUCUAUUGUCAUUUGCACAGCCUUCAUUAUUGCAUGGUCACCAUAUGCUGUCAUCUCUAUAUGGUCUGCCUAUGGUCACCCUGUGCCCAACCUUACCAGCAUCCUUGCCAGUUUGUUUGCUAAGUCUGCCAGUUUCUACAAUCCCAUUAUCUACUUUGGAAUGAGCUCCAAGUUUCGGAGGGACAUUUUCAUCUUGUUUCAUUGUGCCAAGGAAGUCAAGGACCCUGUGAAGCUCAAACGUUUCAAAAACCUCAAGCAAAAACAAGAGCCUUCUCAGAAAGAAGAGAAGUAUGCAGCAGAAAUGCACCCUGCACCAAGCCCUGAUUCUGGGGUGGGAAGUCCAAGCAACACUCCACCUCCAGCAAACAGGGAAGAGUAUUUUGGUAUUCAUGAUAUGCCAUCUAAUAACCCUGACAUUGAAUGUGAUAGACUGUGAGUUUGGUGGCCACUUAACGCACUUACCCACUUUGUGUUCACGAAGACCCUCUUCAGAUCACUGCUCAAGUGAUCUCCCAACUCCCGAUCCAUCUGUUUCUUGCUAUAGCACUGACGAUUAUGCAACUCAACCAAAUCAGAUGACAAAGUGAUAUUUUCCUUCUGUGUAGGUACGAAAUGCUACAAAGCACGUUACAAUGUGGGCAGGCAGUGCACCCAGUGCCAGAAACAUUUCGUUUUCACAUGCAUAAAAGAAAAGGAAGGCUGACUUAUGAAGACAAGGGAUUAGCUAGCAAAAAUUCACUAAUGUUCCCAUCCAAAUGGUAUUAAUUAUGAGAUUACAUUUCCAAAUGUAUUUUUUACUCUUCAACAGUCCCAGCCAUAGAGGAUCACUUUAGCUCUGUGGUGCUGCACAGCCCUUGGCCAUAGGAGAAGGGCCAUGCUGAUAGCUGUGGAGCUGCUGCUCCAGUGACUGCUAGAUUUUAGACAAAAACGCUUGCUCCUUGGGGGUACAGAGAUGGAUCCAUCAUCCACGCAUGAGUGUGGCCCUAAUCGCCUGUGCCCGACUCUAUGUUUGUCUAUGCAGGUCCUAAGAGCUGUAGAUCUCAGCAUUUUGUAGUCACUGUAGGCUCAACAGUGGCUUUACACUUUUCCUUGUUUGUUUGCAGAAUUAUUUCCAUCUUUCCAGACUUUCCCAGUGAGCAGGGCCUGGCUGUAGUGUGCCCAUUCAUUAAAGCCAAAAAGCUGGCUUUAAUUUUCCUGAUGUGCCUCCAGCUUGAUUGUUUUUCUACAUGACUAUUAAGGUGGAGCAGGAGAUGCUGUGCAGGCAAUGAAACCAACAACAUUAAGCCUGCAAGAAUAUUGACAAAGUAUAGUAUCAGAGCUAUUUACAAAAUAUAAUCCAACACUUCGCUGCUGCUCUAAAGAAAGGUUUUGUACCUGCCUAUUGGUUAAAAAAAUAGAUAUAUCAACUAAGUGAUUUAAAUAGCAAAAUUGUAGAAUUAAAUCAGCAGCAAGGUUAUCAGAUACUAUAGUAUCCAAUUAUUCCAUCAAGUUUAUUUUUCAAAAUGGAAGUGAGGAGGUAUAUGGUCCUAAUUCCCCAUUUUACACAUUUUUAUGGAAGUCUCUGAGUACGCAGUUAGUUAUUAUGCAUUAGCUCUGGAAAUUUUGGGGGUUUAUUCAGUGACAUUUGCAUGCUAAGCAAGGGGAGUGGAGGGGAACAAAACCAUUUGUUGCCAGGCUCACUGAUAUUUAUGACCUUGUGGAAUCUUUCACCAUCCAGGUAUGCUAAAAUGCAGUUGUUUUGCACAAGUUUGUAACUUUCCCAAGAAACACAUUUGGAAAAGCAAAGAGAGCCCACCUUCAUUUCCUCCAUUACUCUAUUUGUUUUGAGAAAAUCACCUGUGUUUUGAAGUUAAAAACAAAUAAACAUUAUAAGCAACAGUUGGGAACUGUUUUCUUUCAUGGCCACAGAUCUGAACUACAAGAAUAUUCGUCUUUGUGGAAAAUUGAAACAUGGGUGCUAUUUCAUUACCAUAAAUAAUUAAAA